AUGCAGCAUCAUUUUGGAAGCAAUCAGUUUGGUCGAGAGAGGGAAGGCAAAAUGGAUGGCAGCAAGCAGGAGCGUUCCAGCGAGACCAAGUCCUCGGACUUGGUACUGGACGCAAAUUCACCACAGAGUUCGCUCCCUACAAACAGCGAGCAACAGACCUUGAACAAUCCCGAGCUGGUGGAUAUCUCCCUUAAGGAUGAAGAGGAAGCCCCAGACAGUGAUGAUGAGACUGUAUUUGUUGGGCAGCAGAUGGUCGAUGAGGCAGCUGACUUCUCAGCUGUAUCUCAGGCUUCACGUACACGCCAGCGCAUGCCUCUUUUCAAGACCAACUCGUCAAAGUCAGAAGACUUCCACUUUGACGACCAGGAUGUGGAUGAUGUCUCCGACGAUGACCCCGAGCAGGCUUAUUACGAAGCAACCAGACAGUACAACCGUCGCCAUCAAAUCUUGACUGACUAUAAUAUCCCAAUCGGUCCCUUUGAGUCAGAAGAAUACGAAUCGCCUCCCCGUGCCUCCUUCUUUCGGAUGCUUCCAGGAGUGCAGACUGCGCAGCAAGCCCUUAGAGCAUCCACUCGUGUCGUUGAGAACGGCGUAGGCACUGUAGCUGAAGGUGUCGAGGCCGCAAUGACUCGAGUUCAGGAGUCAUUGGCCGGCUGGCCUGGGGGUCUUAACGGCGGUCUUCUUGACUCUAUCAGCGAGUUUGUGGCUGAGGGUAUGCGAUCGCUGCCGCCUUCCGAUGCCAUCGUUCGUCCACAAGGAAGACAAACGUCGUGUUAA